UUCCCCGAAUUAAGCUUCGCUGGGACGACUUCGUAUUUUGCUGUCGCUACCGUUGUCUGCUUCAUUAGGAUCGGUCGAAGGACUUGUAGUUGCAGCGCUCGGGCUGCUGGCAGCGGUUGCUGGGUCGAUUUCAUGCUCAACUUCGUCUGAAUCGCUCAUGUGUCGUCCGAAUUGUUUGAACGAACAGUAGAGCAAUCGCUUUGUUUUGUUUGUGCGUAGUGAAUUUUGGAUGUGGGAGUAUGAAGCAGAUAGGGAGUUUACAGGGGGGCACAUAGCGCUUGUUGUAGUUGGUAAGCCUGAAACUUCAGAGAAUCGAUUGUUCUUUUGCCCCAGAGGAAAACACCAACCAAUAGCUUUCAAUAUCGACGCAAAAGUAGAGUUCUCGACAAAGAGGAACGAUUGGUAUAGGACUGGACAACCAGCAAAGAUAACGAUUAGUAAAGGACUCAAAAACUUGAAACCUUCUUCGGAUUGGACUUCUUGUUCAGUGUCACUGUUAGGUGGACUGGACGGUGAUUAUGUGGUCUCAGGGACGGAUUGAGUGGUGAAGCGACUAGGACGAAAUUGACGAAAAUUCGUGGGUAUCUCCUGAAUAAACAAUGCGUAGAAGUCAACAAUAUAUUUUUAUUUUUUUUGGCGCUGAUAAUUAGGUGAGCAACUUUGGCCAAGAAAUUGCCAUUCGUAUUCAGGACAAGCUGGAAUGGAUGAGCCUGCAUCAGUUGAUUCCUCCCCUUAAAAUAGAUGCAUGGUGCAUACAUUGCUUUUUUCUUUUCCUUUUUUUUGUUUGGCAGACAUGGCACAUGCAUGUGAAAGCAAUGGUCAUCGAGCAUAAACAACUAUUAUGAUCUGCCGGCUUAUUUGAGAACCAUGUUAAUUGGUGGCUUCGGCAGUUACCUAUUUGGGAUGAGUGAUAAAAUAGCUAGACAAGCAACAGAGGCUAAAGAUGCUAAUAAUAUAAAGGAUCCACACCUUGGCUGGAUGAUAGGGUUCUUAUUCCUUGUCAGUUUCAUUGGGCUAUUGGCACUUGUGCCCCUAAGAAAAAUUAUGAUUGUCGACUACAAGCUGACCUAUCCAAGCGGCACAGCCACUGCAUAUCUCAUCAAUGGUUUUCACACACCUGAGGGUGCCAAGCUUGCAAAGAAGCAAGUAAAGACACUGGGCAAGUACUUCGUGUUUAGCUUUUUCUGGGGCUUUUUUCAGUGGUUCUACACUGCAGGGGAUGACUGUGGAUUCAAAAAUUUCCCAACAUUGGGUCUUGAAGCUUAUAAACACAGGUUCUUCUUUGACUUCUCUCCUACAUAUGUUGGAGUUGGCAUGAUCUGCCCAUACAUUGUGAAUGUGUCUGUUCUGCUGGGCGGUAUCCUCUCAUGGGGUGUAAUGUGGCCUCUCAUUGCCAAGAAGAAGGGGAGUUGGUACCCAGCUGACAUCGGAGACUCAAGUCUACAUGGACUGCAGGCUUACAGGGUUUUUAUUUCCAUUGCUUUGAUUCUUGGGGAUGGUUUAUACAACUUCAUUAAGGUGCUGAUCCGCACAAUCGCGGGCUUCAUAACAAUGGUUCAGCAAAAUUCAAAAAGCAUGCUUCCCGUUUCAGACAUUGGCAGCUCCAUGUCCACUGCUGAAGCUGCAUCCUUUGACGAAGAACGUCGCACUGAGCUUUUCCUGAAAGAUCAAAUUCCCAAGUCAGUUGCAUAUGGAGGCUAUGUCGCAGUGGCGGCUAUAUCGAUCGGCACUCUUCCUCAGAUCUUCCCGCAGCUCAAGUGGUACUACAUUUUGGUUGCCUAUGUGGUGGCGCCUGUGCUGGCCUUCUGCAACGCCUACGGAAGUGGACUCACCGACUGGUCUCUCGCCUCCACCUACGGCAAGCUCGCCAUCUUCGUGUUCGGCGCUUGGGCCGGCCUCGCUCACGGCGGUGUGCUCGUCGGGCUCGCCGCAUGUGGCGUCAUGAUGAGCAUCGUGUCCACGGCCUCCGACCUGAUGCAGGAUUUCAAGACCGGGUACCUGACGCUCGCGUCGCCGAGGUCUAUGUUCAUCAGCCAGGUGAUCGGAACGGGGAUGGGUUGCGUCAUCGCGCCCUGUGUCUUCUGGCUGUUCUACAAGGCGUUCGGCGACAUCGGCGAGAGCGGCACCGAGUACCCAGCGCCCUACGCCAUCGUGUACCGCAACAUGGCCAUCCUCGGCGUGGACGGCUUCGGCUCGCUGCCGAAGAACUGCCUCACCCUCUGCUACAUCUUCUUCGCGGUGGCAAUCGCCAUCAACCUGGUGAGGGACCUGGCCCCGCAAAGGGUGUCGAGGUUCAUCCCGCUGCCGAUGGCGAUGGCUAUCCCCUUCUACAUCGGGUCCUACUUCGCCAUCGACAUGUUCCUGGGCAGCGCGAUCCUCUUUGUGUGGGCGCGGCUGAACAAGGCAAAGGCGGAUGCGUUCGGGCCCGCGGUCGCCUCAGGGCUGAUCUGCGGGGACGGGAUCUGGACCCUGCCGCAGUCCAUUCUGGCUCUUGCUAAGGUGAAUCCCCCAAUUUGCAUGAAGUUUUUGUCGAGAGCAACCAAUGCCAAGGUGGACAGCUUCCUCGGAUUGUCGUGAUUGUAGGGAGAGCAACGGCGAGCAGCACGCCUCGUCCUGUAAUUACCGGCACAAAAUGUAUCCCCCAGGGCACUGCUUUGUAGAAAAGCAAGAAAUGUUUUGAUGUGGAGUGAUCGUAGCUGGUUCCUGCAGUCUCCAAUGUCAAGAGGAAAAGCUUGUGCUCCAGAUCACUAUGCUAUGCCUUUUGAGUUCUGAGCUCAUUCA